CGGCUCAGGCGAGGGAAGGAAACCUACGAGUCUCUCGACAUUCGCCAUCUCCCACUUACCCUCCAGCCAUGUUUGCAUGUCGACUUGUUACGAUUUAUGUGGGCCUGCUCCUUGUUUUCCUUUGGAAUAUACCAUGUUUUCAAUCUGCUGCUAUUAUAUCUCCCUCUACCCCGAAGAGGAGUCGGGGAGCCAAGCUCCCUCAUCAGGGCGGACAAAGGUCAAGCAAACUCCUAAAAGACAUCUUCGCCUCUUCCCAUCAGAUGACGAGCCCGCGCAAAGACGAGCCUAAGGAUGAUGUGGUGCCGCAUGAGUACAUGCUCUCCAUUUACAGGACGUACUCUGCAGCGGAGAAACUCGGACUUAACGCCAGCUUUUUCCGCUCCUCUAAAUCUGCCAACACCAUAACAAGUUUCGUGGACAGAGGAACAGAUGAUCUUUUGCACCCUCCUCUGCAAAGACAAAAGUAUCUGUUUGAUGUCUCAACCCUUUCAGACAAAGAGGAGCUGGUUGGGGCGGAAUUAAGGAUAUUUAGGAGAGCGUUGGGAGACUUACAGACGACAGGGCUCUACCACAUCCAACUUUACCCUUGCAGCUCUGAUAGGCUGCUGGACUCCAGACUGCUGGACCCUUUGGACGCUGCCAAGUCCAGAUGGGAGGUUCUGGACGUGUGGGAGAUGUUUAAAUCUCAUCAACAACAUCAGCAGCGGAAUCCCCAGCAUUCCCACCAUCAUCGUCAUCAUCAUGAAAAUCAAGGGAUGCAGCUAUGCUUCCAGCUCAGAGUCACUCUCGGUAAUUCUGACACCGAACUGGACCUUAAGGCGCUGGGCCUGGGCAGGAGUGGGCGGUCCCAGCAGGAGAAAGCUAUUUUGGUGGCCUAUACCCGCUCCAAGAAAAGGGAGAAUCUCUUCAACGAGAUGAAGGAGAAGAUCAAGUCACGAAGGUCUAGCAGGGAGAUAGAGGUGGUGAGAGCUUCAGAGGAGGAGGAGGCGGAGGAGGAAGGCCUCCCCCACAGGGGGGUCAAAGGGGAGGGGCCCAGGAGGCGGAGGAGGACAGCCCUGAGCAACCGCCAUGGGAAAAGACACGGGAAAAAAUCCAAAUCCAGGUGCAGCAAAAAGGCCUUGCACGUGAAUUUUAAAGAGCUGGGUUGGGAUGACUGGAUCAUCGCGCCCUUGGACUACGAGGCGUACCACUGCGAAGGGGUGUGUGACUUCCCACUCCGAUCUCACUUGGAACCCACCAACCAUGCCAUCAUACAGACGCUCAUGAACUCCAUGGACCCCAACAGCACCCCUCCCAGUUGCUGCGUCCCCACCAAACUGAGUCCAAUCAGUAUCCUGUACAUAGACUCAGGCAACAAUGUGGUGUACAAACAGUACGAGGACAUGGUGGUGGAGCAGUGUGGGUGCAGGUAGCGGACAUUUAGCAGAAAAUGAAACCUUCGGAAAGACAACAAAAUCCACGAUGGUGGAGGAGUCCUUACAGGAUACCUCGACUCAUGCCAUCCACAUGGGACGCUAGAUGCGAUUAUUUGCUAUUUAUUCCAACUCACCGCUUUCAAAAAUGCACUCUCUCUGCCUUAAAGUGUUAUUUCCCAACCAUGCAAAAGUUACAGGUCAUCAAACAGGCCCUUGUUUCCCAGAGAUGUGUUCAUUGUGUUAUGGAAUUCCAUUGGGUUCCACUGUGCACCUGUUCGUGCUGUGGCUAUAGAGCAUAGAGGCUUUUUGCCUGUCAGCGUUUGGACUUGCAAGCUCUUGUUGUGCAAUCUUGUCUGUAGGACGGACUCUUUUGGGUCUGUGCAUCCAGCUCAUAAUUGCCUCUGUCCAACUGGAGUCAUUAAAGGCCUGUGCAACUUUUGCAAAAAAGAAAAAAAAAAAGGAAAAAAAUGAACAAAAACAAGAAGAAUUGAGAGGGGAGAAUGACACACGCACACACAUAGUCAGAGAAGAGGAGACCAUGCCUUCAAGAGAUUUUUGCCUGACUGCAAACCAGUCAGGAGGCGCUGUGUAAGGGGUCACCGUGUGCUUUUCGGACAAAGCAGGACAAAAAUGGACUUGUCGGCCCUCUGUUUUUGAAGAAAGAUGUUUUUAAAAGCACACAAGUGAGGUGAACUUUAUUUUGCUCAAAAGUCUGCAUCUUUACGAAAUGCACUUCCGCAGCUUACUGCGCUAAGGAGAUGCAGUCAGUUUGUCUGCUCUGAUGAGGAAAAUGUAAAACAAGAGACUCGCAAAUGAAGCGAUAUUUAAAUGCACAUUAGCUUUGAAUGCACUGCUGUUCAUUUUUUUUUUUUUGAGCUGUAAAUAUUUUGUAUAGUCGAUAACUUUACAAAGUGCUCCCAAUGAAGAAAUGAGAGAACUGCAUUUCUUUGUAAAUAUACAAAAUGCACUCAAAUCGGUAUAAUUUUUAUUCUAUAAUUAUUUUAUUAUUUGUGAUGUACAGAGUUUCAUGAUAAUCAUAUAUUUCUUACAAUGACAAGAGUAAUUUAUGGCGUAGUCCAUUUUUUUUUUUUUUUUUCAGUGGGUGGAAAAUACCGUUGUUAAGUGUCUACCUCAUCAUUGCGUAUUGGACCUGAGUUUUGAGGUGCAUUCAGUGUA